GUGCUACCCAGGGUAUUUUGUUAACAACAACACGGUUACGCAGCAAUAUGUUGAAUGCAGGAGUCAGCUUGGGGAAUGGGUGCCUCUCUCUGAUGAAUUGUUCAAUUGCACAUUAAUGGAAGCUUGUUCCCUUGGCUCUGUCCCUUGCCAGAAUGACUCUAGAAUAGAUAUCAUAGCAGACCAGAAUGCUCUGAUGCUAAAUUCAUCUAUCACGUACAAGUGUCCUCUAAUAUGGCGUUGUCAAAUGGAUCAACGACGUGGAAUUCAACCUGUUCUGUAAAUUCCACAACUGUUCCUCCUACCUACUACUUCUCCCCAAAUCCUAUGCCUGGUUGCAUCGCCUGUACAAGGAACGUCUCCGUUGAUUUCUCAACCACAAACUGGGCAUAUGGGAAUACCUAUACUGUGGGAACCUUUGUGAACAUCACUUGCAAUUCAGGUUAUAUUGUCAACCAGGAAGGCUUCGUUAACUCUACAAGUGUAACCUGUACCUCUUGGGGAUGGGACCCUUAUGUCGCCAACAUUGAUUGCAAAAAAGCAUGUUAUGCUAUGCCACCCACACCCAACGUUGGUUCUAAUAUACAAAUGCCUGAUGUCAAAAGACAUUAUGAGGGAACUACGUAUUAUUAUACCUGUAAUAGUGGUUACUAUGUUCCUGCUUUCUCUCCAGCGUUAAGGAAUACCGUAUCCGUAAGCUGUUCCAGCCAAGGAAACUGGGACCUGGAGAUGCAGAAUGUGUCUGUUUUAUAUUGUGCUGAAAUGUGUGCAAACGACCCUGUAACGCCACCAGGAGGAGGUUCAGACUGGGAUCGAGUAUCAAGAGCCGUAGGAACAAAGGUGAAUCUGACUUGUCCUGAAGGCUUCGCUUUUCCUGACCUGAACAGAUCGAUUAUCUUAACUUGUGUCACAGGGGGAAAUUGGACACAGCAGAAUACCCCUCCGAUUGAAGCCACCUGUAAAAUGAUUACCUACGCUCAACCAACGGCGCCUUUGAACAGCAUACUUAACACGACAGCGCCUCCACCUUACUGGCAAGGAAGCGUCCUGAAUUACACCUGUCCGAACAACUACAUGUCCUCAACGGGAUCGACGUGGACAUCGCUAACCUUUACUGGUCCUAACUGGACAUACGCUGACCCUACGUUUAGAUGCAUACAAGCUUGUGGUUCCCCACCACCUGCCGUGAACCCAGUGACCUUGACCUUCUCUGGCGUCGGCGUCGAGGGGGACACAGCAACAUAUAAAUGCCCGGUUGGAUUUGAAGGACAUCAAUUACAGGAUUUGUUUGUGAACUGCAAGAGUGGAUCCUGGACAUAUACUACUAUUCCAAAGUGCAAGAUGUGCAACAGUACACUACCAAGUGCUCCCCAAGGAGUAUCUGUGACAUCGUACGAUGGGGUUCCCGCGUACGGCGCUGUGGCCACCCACAGCUGCCAAGGGCUUUUUCCUGAUGGAGCUUCGGCCAUAAAUGUGACGUGCGAUCAAGGGGUCUGGAAUCCUCAAGAAAUACCAGAAUGUGCAACACCCUGUUUGGGAGCUCCCCUCAACACCCUACCCGUCGGAGUGACGUCCAUUCGGUCCAACGUGUCUUUGUUCGAGGCCGUUGUGACUUACACCUGCGCCGGGGCCUUCCUCGACAAGACAACUCAGAUCAAUGUAACGUGCAACGAAGGAGUAUGGAGCCCGCCUGAUAUUCCCUUCUGUGAUACAAGUAAGUUUAAGUUUAUCUUAAUAAUACUAAUCAUUUAUAAUAAUAACAUAAGAAAGAAGCAGACCCUCUCUGAGGCAUGUCUUGUUAAAAAGGAUGGCUGCAUUAUGGGAAUCGAUCUCUUAUUGAACUUUCUCAAUUUUUUUUAGGACUCGCUUCUGUUGCACGGUGAUAUUGGUCAACAACUAGUCUCCAUAAUCUCAGUAUAAGAUCAAUUCGCUCGAUGCAGCCGUCAUUUUUAAUGACAAUAAUAAGAAUAAUACUAAACAUAAUAAUAAUAAUAACAUUGUUUAUUGUAUUUUGAUAUUUAUUACCACCAACUUAUUUCACUAAGUACUUUUAAUAUCACUAAGUACUUUUAAUACAGUAGUCUUACCAAAUAACCGUGUGUAAUUGCAAGUUUGCAUUUACAGGAAAUCAGUUAACUCCUAAUAUUCUGUUUGUUCAUCUUCACUUCUCAAA